AUACAUUUCUCGUCGUUGAUUGCGGUGGUGGAACAGUCGAUCUCACAAUGAGAACCCUACUACCGGGCAACAGAUUAAAAGAAGAAACAUUAAGAACUGGAGAUCUAUGUGGAAGCACAUAUAUAGAUCAAGAGUUCUUAAAAUUUAUGAGCCGCAUAUUAGGCUCUAGCGCCUUACAAAAGAUACGGACAUAUGCUUAUGGUGAUUUGCAAAAACUCGUUCAUGGGUUUUUUUGUAAGAAAGUAAAGACUGGCUUCACUGGAGAUCCCGAUAAUUAUAAUACCAUAGAAUUGGAUUUCGAGGGAGAGUGCCGCUCAUUGAUGAAAUAUAUCACCGGAAGAGAAAGAACUGAGUUAGAAAAAAAAUGA